UAUUCAAGAUGGCGGCGAAAAGCGGUGGUGUUGUCGAUUGGAGUUCUAUUAUAAAACCAAUUUUAACGGCAUCUUAUGGAUCUUUUAACAAAACUGAUGUUAUCGAGCUAGUCAAAGCUAUCAUUCAAAGCGAACCAGAGCUGGUGUCACAUGAUAAAGAAUAUGAAGCUUUUUACAUAUCAUUUGCUGCAUUGGCAGCGGAUUAUAUUAGUUCCUGUGCAGGUACAUUAUGCAAGAGUCAAGUACCUCUUGUUUGGCAAGCAUGUAGAAUAUUGCUAACAUAUUUAGUUGGCAAAUUGCCUCAGCAAUCUUCACAACCAGGAGAAAGCAGUGCUCCUACAAUCUUGACUACAAGACAGUUGUUAUUACCAAUUCGAGCACUAUGUAUAGGCCAAUCUCUGUUAGCCAAAUCAGAGGAAGUGACUUUUAUUGCAAUUCUGAAGAAUGCAAAACUUCCACAAUAUGUAAAAGGUUCACCUACAAGUGGAGAAAAAGAAAGCCUACCACAAUCUAUUAAGGAGACAAAAAGAGCUCGUAGUGAUUUAUCAGCAAAUAUUAUAGAACAAUUAACUAUGCCUUUGCAAGACUUUGCUAUUACAAAUGAUAUAGCUCAUGAACCAGCAAGUAAAACAAAUUUAGAAAUUUCUAAUAUUGAACAGAAUUCUGAUACAAAGAUGAUGUUCAUAGUAAACAAUAUAAAUACACUUCAGACUAUGGGUGCAGGAGACAUGCUUCUAAAUAUGUGCUCCAAUUUACAUCACUUAUCACGCUAUGCCAGAAAGUAUCAAGCAUAUUUGAACAGAAAAAGUUUCUGCUUGCCAGCCAAUCAGUCUGAAGCUCAUACAAUUCGUCACAGUUUGCAUUCACUUGUCAAUGAUAUAAAUAUUGUACAUAGUGUUGUGUCGUUACCGAUUUUAGAACCAUUAACACCAGCCAAGUUAGAGAAAUUAUCGUUGAUAACAAUGUCUUGUCUCUAUUGUUCAAUUGCUAAUGCGACGGCGUCAAGCAUUGUUGGAAUAACUAAUGCUAUCUCGCCGAAAUGUUGUCUGAGUACUGGUUCGAAUCCACAGAGUACUCAGAGUACUAAAAGUACUGAGGAAGAAUACGAUACUCUAGCAAUUACUGUUGUAGAAAGAAGUUUAGAAAUUUUCACUUUGGUAUCAAAUAUUAUUAAACAUAGUACAAGAGCUGGUGGACAUAUAUUUCAAAAUCAUUUAUUGAUUGGGGUAUGGCUAUUGGUAGCAGGUUUGCAAGCUCAAUUAUCUGUCAGCAGUUUUAGCGUAACUGAUAAAGGAAAAGAAGAAAAGGGCAAAUCGCCUAGUAAAGCACGUGAUGGAACCGGACGUAUUAAUUUGAUGAAAGUACAACAAGGAUUUGGAGUUUUGUCAGUAGCUCUGGCAUCACAUGCUCUCACAUUGAUGGGUGCUCUGCUAGAAGAUGUUUCCGUUGAGGCUAGUAAUGAACAAGUUUCUCAGCCAGAGUCAGCUCCAUUGGAUAUCUUAGCUACUGCUACAGCUUUGGAGAGAGUAGCGACAUUUUUCCAAGCUGCUCCAUUAAAUCAUUUAUUAUUUUAUUUAGCUACCAUCAGUUACAGAAAAGCAUGUACACUUAAAAGAAUACAAAAACAUCCUCUUGAAGGAGAUACAUUAAGUCAAUCAGACUCUACAACAUACUAUGAAGACCUUUACAGUUGCUCUGAGAGCUCUACGGAUCAAGAAGAGGAUAGCGAACCUAUUUUAGGAGCUUGGUUUGAGGAAACUCUAGAUUCUUCUGAUGCUCCACCAACAACUACCUCGAAAGAAACUAAUGAAGAAGCCAACACAGAACGUAAUGCUACAGUUGUACCCGAUAAUCGAGAACCUCACGGCUACAUUUCGUUGGCAACUCAAAUCUUCCAGUUCAUGAAUCAACAUCUAAUUGGAAACAGAAGUGCAUACGUCCGUGAUUACGUUGUCAACGGAUUGGUAGAACAACAAAUGGUUAUACUAGCUGCAAUAAUUAGAGAUUUAGAUCAUGAAGCAGCUAGAACCGAAACAGGCACAAUAUCAGUGUUUUACGGAGCUACAUUAGGUGCAAUGUAUUCCGAAUUUUCUCAAGCUUUAAGCCGGUACACACACAAUUUACUUGCACGAAAUACUUUGAGUGAAACUCUUCAAAACACUUUACUACAUCAUUUGGGAGUAAGUCCAUGGUCGACCGAGAACGCCAGUCCUUCAUCUUGGCCCUUACAAGUAUACCCAAGAACUCUUGGUGUUCUCGCUCAGAUUCUUUUAUUGAAACCACAAUCAGAAAAAGAGGCAGCUUGCAUUAGCAUUUGGCAACGAUUGGUAACAACGAUGGUUGAAAAUGUUUGUAAUCCACCUACAACUUUUGAAACCGACAAUGAAGAUUUGAAUGUUGAGCAUGCACAGUUGGUUCUUUUCCUUUUCCAUUCGCUAAAUCUCAUGCAGAAAAAAUCUGUACUUCUUGUAACCGGCAGUGGAGCUGUUCGGUGUAGCGAAGCAAUUAAAAGUCCGAUGAAGGAUUCACAAAUUUUGCAUUUAUCUCGAUUACUUAUUCUACUUGAGUACAUGAUGAAACAUCUUUACGAUGCCCCUUCAACUUUACUAGAGCAAGUACAUUGGAAUUUGUUUUCCGCUACAAGCUUAGUCUCAGAUACUAAAGAAGGAAACAAACAAGCAUCACGAAUCUACACUCCAUGGAAAGAAAUUGAAGAUAAUUAUCGGAAAUUCGGACCACAAGAAGAAUUUUCGAUGAAACCGCGGUUCUAUAACUUGACCGUUUAUGACUUCAAUAAUCAAGAUACACCCAAAUUAGAUGGACUGGCUUGUAACUUUAUUUUGGGUACACCGGAUAAAAUGAAAUAUCCACUACUAGUAGAUGCUCUUAUUGAUAUUUUGAAUAUCUUGAAUCAGACUAGUCUACCUAAAAAAACUGGUCCUGACGGUAAAGAAAAAAUGACGUUCACUGGCUUAUGUGCAAUACAAUACUGUUUUUCUAUCUGUUGGAGAUUGUUAUUAAUGCUGCCUCCAUCAACGCCUUACAUGGAUAAACUUGCUUUAGGUGAAGAAAUUCCAGCAGGCCCAUUAUUACUGCAUUCUUUGAUAUGGGGACCACGUGCCGCGUAUAAAACUUUUACUGGAUGGAUGAAGGACUGUUUGGUAAAACAAGGAAUGUACACUCAGUAUGCUGAAAAUUUAUUGAAAACCGUUUCAUCGACCGUUAAUUCUCUGAAAUACGAUGUAGCUUUAGCGAAAAAUUGUAUCAAGUCUUUGAAACCGGAAGUUAGCACAACAGAGAAAAUUAUACCAAAGUCAGCUUUGCCAAAAUUAAAUUCUCUUUGCAUACUGUCCGCAGUCGUAGGAAAAUUACAAGUUCAAAUGGAUGAAAAUAUAUGGAAACCGAUAACCGAAAUCGAUAACAUGGAAGCCUCAAAAGUUCAACAAACUAAUGAAUCAGCGGCUUCUAAUGUAAAUAAGUUAAUUAUAGAGAUAUUGCCACAUAUUUUAUCGUUGACAGAUGCGAUGUUGGCUUCAUGCCGAUCCAGCAUUUUAUACCAAAUUCAAGAUACUUCUGACAGCGGCAAAAAAUAUACUGUGAGAGAUUUUCUUAUUUUGGAUGAAGUUAUUUGCAUGAGUGGUGCAUCCUGGGCGACAGAUGCAUCUUUGAUUAGUUUAUUCCCAAAUAACGUGCGAUCUGUGCUGGAUAAGUGGAAAGCUAUAAACGUGGCUCAUGUUCCUUGGAACACAUACGCCAAUGAUAUAAUCCCCGCAGAAAGUUAUAUUUUAUCUACCAUUGAUCAUCAUAUUAGUUCUUUAUCUGAGUAUGGUUCAUUUUCAAUUAAUCCGUCACUGAAAAAUUUACUUUACUCUUUGAUAUCAUUCAUUAUGGAAUAUGUAAAUUCAACGACAGCUCCUGAGAACUCUGAAAUCAGAAAUCAUGCAAUAGAUAUUCUUAUUUCACUAACAAUGGAUUUGCGCACGGAAUAUUUUCACGAAAUGGCGUCAAAAACUCUUAAUACUUUGAUUGGUGAACCCGAUACUGAAGCCCGUCAAAUUCGAGAGCACCUUUUCGUACUUAAUCAUACAUACAAUUUAAUAGUUGAUUACACCAGCAAUUUGGAUGAAGCCAUUAACAUUUCUAUUGACGGCAAAAUCCUGAAACAGUGUAUAAAAUAUUGGGAGCAACUAUUAGAAAAGUCAGUGGGAUGUAAAGCUCUAGACGAAUUUUUCGCACCAAGCACAAACAGAACACUAGUUUCUGUUCUCCUCUCGAUAGCUUCGCCUCAGUCCUCACAACAAUUCAGCAGUCACGUUUUACAUUUUUUCAAUAAACUAUUUAAGACUGCUGAAAAAGACAAUGACGGAUCACUCGAUAGAUUAUGCAGAUCGGUUUCAAAUCUCGCAAAAGUGGAAAACGAGAAACUUCAAUCUUGGCUAGCUCAUGUUGUUCUUGGAUGUACAAGUUUGUCUCCGAGUACUCCUCCGGCAAAUGUUCCUGUAUCAGCUCCAACACCAGCUUCAACAACGACAUCUGCACUGGCACCAGCAGAAGAGGCGCAAAAAAUUGAUACAUCAAAUAAUGCACCAAAUAAUGAGCAAGUACAAGGUCAGUGGCAACCACUUGUACCCGAAGUAGCAUCCACCAAUCAAACGUCAACUUCGAACGAAGAACAGCAGCAGUCAUUGAAGGAAAAUAAUCAGUUGUUGCGAGCCCUCACUAAUUACAUAGUUAAAGAAAAGAGCAACGUCAGUGAAGGAGUAUCAGUGACAAUUCUGCAAGCUCUGAUACCAAUUGCUUAUCGUAUCUUAUCAUCUGCGACUGAAGGUGUAAGCUUCGCCGAACUAAUGCAAGUGAUGUCUACUCUUGCUGAUGCUGGAUCAGAUAAAGGUCACACUUUACUUUUCCAAUCUGCCACUGAAUGGAUUGAACUAUGCAAGCAACAACUCCUCAACAAAGACCCUCACAAUCUUGACAAAUGUUCAUCUUACAUCGAGGCUGGCUGUUGCGUGCUGAAUUACAUAGCAGACAUAGUGAAUGCAGUAUGUCCACAGAAACUCCUUACUAAUCAAGAUCGAGCUACAAGUCCACCCUGGGAAGGUGCACAACCGGCAAACGACGUAACAGAUAGCGACUGGAUCGACGAGAUCGUGCACGACGAAGACGAUAGUGGCGCCGAUGAUUCAGACGAAGAUAACCUAUGCAACAAACUCUGCACUUUCACUAUCACCCAGAAAGAGUUUAUGAAUCAGCACUGGUAUCAUUGUCAUACCUGUAACAUGAUCGACGGCGUGGGUGUCUGCUCUGUAUGCGCUAAAGUCUGCCAUCGAGGUCACGAUGUUACUUACGCCAAGUACGGCAACUUUUUCUGCGAUUGCGGUGCCAAAGAGGAUGCCUCAUGCCAGGCACUCACCAAAAGAAGUCCGCAAACCAAUGAGAAUCAAUCUAACAGUGGUGUAGCGUAUCAUAAUUCUAGCGGUGGCGACAAUCAUACGCUGUUGACAAGUAGCUUGAGGCGUAGACUUUCGAGUCCAAUACAUUUUGGUGAAAGAUACGAUAAGAGUAGCAAAGAUAAGCAGAAACAGGUGGCAUUAGCCAAGCAAUUAGAAGGUUCCAAAGACUGGAUUCUGUCGAAAGUGUGGGGGAGCGGUCUAGUCUCGUCAUUGGUACAACUAACUCGUGCCUUAAUCCCAGCAGUACAAAUGUCAUGCGAAAAUUUCUCACCAGUUGGUUGUCAUGCCCGAGCUCAAGCUGCUCUUUCACAGCUGCAUUAUAUUCAAAAAAAAUUCGAAUACACCGAUCAAUUAAUGCUACCAACUCUUGGAUCUCAAGAAGGAGCCUUUGAAAAUGUACGCAUGAACUAUUCCGGUGAUCAAGGCCAGACAAUCCGGCAACUCUUAUCGGCUCACAUGAUCAGAAGAGUAGCUAUGUGCUGUUUAUCUUCUCCACAUGGUAAACGACAACAUCUAGCUGUAUCUCAUGAAAAAGGAAAAAUAACAGUUCUUCAAUUAAGCACACUCCUUAAGCAAGCCGAUUCUUCAAAACGAAAACUCACUUUGACACGUCUAGCCUCAGCUCCAAUUCCAUUCACGGUACUUUCUAUGACAGCCAACCAGUGGAAUGAAGAUUUCCUUGCAGUCUGUGGUCUCAAAGAUUGUCACGUACUCACCUUCAAUAGCACAGGCACGGUGUCCGAUCAUUUGGUGCUGCAUCCUCAACUUGAAACUGGCAAUUUUAUCAUUAAGGCAAUCUGGCUACCAGGAUCUCAGACCCAACUAGCACUUGUCACUGCUGAUUUUGUCAAGGUUUACGAUCUCAGUAAAGAUGCUCUGAGUCCACAGUAUUACUUUUUGAUGCCGACUGGAAAAAUACGUGACUGUACAUUUAUACAUACAGAGAACAAUGAGUUCCAUAUGCUGUUAAUGUCUUCGGCUGGAUACAUAUACAGUCAAACUAUGGAUGAGGAUAGCCAAGCUAAACAUGGGCCAUUCUACGUUACGCACACUUUAAAAGUCUAUCAUUCUGACAUUAAAGACAAUGGCAUGGUCUGUGGUGGUGGAGUAUCAAUUUACUACUCUCACGCUUUGCAGUUACUGUUUUUCAGCCACGCAAAUGGUAAGAGUUUCGUAGCGCCGAUGAAAUAUGUCGACGACAUCGAUCUCGUUAAUAUGAUUACUAUUUCCAACAAAACUAAUGGAACUGGAACAAGCGGUAGCGGCAAUAAAUCUAACAAUAAUCAACCUCAACCACUAUGUCAGUGGAGCGAAGUAGCCAAUCAUCCUGGUCUCGUGUGUUCUGUCCUUCAAAGUAGUAAUAAUCCCGUGAUCUUGAUGAUCAAGCCUGAAAUAAUCAUGAUUCAGGAGAUCAAAGUCGUCCCGGUAAAGGCAAAAAUUAUGGACAUGAUGGCAAUUAGACAUCCAAGCUCCAACGCCGAGCAUCGUACGACUUUGAUUCUACUAUGUGAGGAUGGUAGUCUCAGGAUAUACAUGGCAUCAAUGGAGCAAACCGGCUUCUGGAUGUCGUCAAGCGUACAACCCGUAGGCCUUACUUCCACGAUGAAGCAAACGAAGAAAAAGAAAGCUCUUAAGGCGAGCAAGCCUUCAGGCUCGGUUAACUUCCCUAUCGAUUUUUUCGAACAAUGUCAAGUAAUGAACGACGUAGAAUUCGGUGGCAACGACUUACUACAGGUCUAUAACGUUGUUCAAAUUAAGCACAGAUUAAAUACCACUGGUAUGUACGUGGUAUCAACAAAAGCUACUGGAUUCAAUGUUGAAGUCAUAAAUAAUGACACUAAUUUGGUCAUGAUUGGAAUACGAGUUCAGCUGGGUACUCAAGAUGUUCAACGAGCUCCACUAUACGUCGAAAUCUUUGGCAGAAGUAUCCGAACGACAUUAACUCGCAGUAGAUGGUUCGAUAUACCUCUUACGAGAGAUGAAAGUCUGCAAGCAGAUAAGAGACUUACGAUCACCUUUGGACCUUCGCAAGAUCCUGAAAGUGUCAUCAUGGUUGACUCUAUCAAAAUUUACGGGAAGACAAAAGACUCAUUUGGAUGGCCAGAAGAACCCGAAGAAAUCUCGACAGGGCAGCCGACGUCAACGCAAGCUACUGGAGGAAUCACAACCAAUAAUGAUGCAGAAAAUCAAACUAUUUCUCCUACACCUUUGACUUCUGUCGACAAACCGACAAAGGAUGAGUCGAUUAAUAUCGAAAGAAUGGUAUCGAGUAUCCUCGAAGUAUUAGAGUCGUCAUUCAUGUUAGCGAACGAUGAAACCAAAGCGACUUUAAGGCAAACUGCAAUUGAAGUUGCUUCCAAUUUAUUGAUUCUACCGACACCUCCACAAGUACAAAUUCAUACGACAGCAUUUCUUGCUGCUUUGCACAGCUCAAAAGCUGCAUAUCAUGCACAUAAAGACCAAGUGUUAUUGUCACACGUGCUAGAUUCACUCAAAACAAUGAGAGAAACUGAAGAGAUAUGCGACAUUGAUGCUGAAAACUUCUAUCGAUUGAUUUUGAUUGUAAGAAGUAUUGCAGUGACUCGGCCGCAAAACUUAUAUAAAUUUGCCGAACAACAUUCAUCUAAACCCAUUGAUGAGAGUACAAUUUUUAUAUUUGAAUCAGAGCGAAAAGUAGUUUUAUUAUCAGAAAUAGAAAACGAGAGUCCUCACUUGCUGAUUCAAUUGAUGAAUGUUUUAUGGCUAUUGCAUGCGUCUUACCCCAAAAAUUUAGCCUUAGCACCUGUUGUCGUGCCCGGACUCACCCACACUGAAGCGGUUAUUCACGCCAUUAUUGAGAUUAUUCAUGCAUUUACCAUCUGCGAUGUUGAAGAAUUUACACCAGUGGCUGCAAAAUUAUACUUACAACUCUUGCUCUGCUCAGAUACGACCAUUAGCUUUACUGCAAAACAAGCGAUAAUUAAGGUAUUACGGCCGCGAUACAAAAGACGCAGAGUUUAUAUACCAAGUCCUCCUCACUAUACUACUCAGAACUCAACUUUAGAAGAAGAAAAACCAUUACCAAUAGUAGCACCACCACCGCCAGCAGAACCUGUUGAAGCAGAUGAGAACUUUGAUGUGGAUAACGUUGUGUCGAUGGUUCUUUUGGGUGCCGAAGGAAUAAAUCAACCUGGUGCAGCAGCUGCUCGUGCCGUAAAUCCACUGGAAGCUCUACUCGGGCCCGAUGGUUUCCCUCAACUUUUGGAUAUGCCUCAGGCUGAAGAUGACGAAGCUAUGGUCGAGCUUGCAAUUGCUUUAAGUUUGCAAGAUCACGAGGGUGGUCCUCAGAUUCAGGCUUUGCAACAAGGAUUUCAACAAAGCUUGGCUAAUUUACAAGAAGGUUUACAGAAUCUCAGUGGACAAGCUCUACAAAGCUUGCAAGCUCUUGCAGCUCAAGGAUUGGGUCAGGUUCAAAGUGGUGCUCAGGGUCAAGAAGCUGGGCACUACUCUGAUACGACAGCUUCAGCUGGUGGGUCAGACGAUGAAGGCUCAACAGCUGCGACCGAUGGAAGCACACUUAGAACGUCACCCGCAGAACAAGGUGGAAGUGGUGGUAGUAAAGGAAGCGAAAGUGGCGGAAGUGAGAGCGGCGGUAGCGUCGUUGAUAGUAUCAUGGGCGAACAUAGUGUCUCUGGCCGUAGCUCUGCUUACGGUGACGGUCAAGGCGAUGCCAUCUCCAAUAGUGGUAAUCGAUCUACACAACAAGCACGCUCUGAUAGUAAUUCCAAUGCUCCUUCUGGCACCGGACAGGAUGGAAAUGUAGAGCAGGAACAAGGAAAUGAGCAAGAAAAUGAUGUUGCCGGUGAAAUAACAACAAAUUUACAUGACGUGCGACUUAUGCUAUUAGACAGACUAAUGCGAUUCAUUCUCAAAUUGUCAAAUGUUCCUGGUGUUCGAGCUAUUCCCUUCAUGCAGGUGAUUUUGAUGUUAACUUCCGAUCUCGAUGGUCAAGAUGAAAGGGAUAGAAUUUGUUUCACGAACUUAUUGAAUUUAUUUGUCAAAGAACUUCACAUGGAAAAGCCCGACAUGUACGAUAUUUGUGCUAGAGAGAAUAAGAGAGAAGUUCAUUUGGUCAUUAUGCGUUUAUUGAGUGUAUUAAUGUCUCGAUCGAAAUAUAAUACAAAGGGACAAUCCGAAAGUUCAAACUUUACAUCUCAAAUGACAGCCGCUAUUUUAAGCAAAUCUGGACUUAUCGAUUAUUGCUUGAACUUAUUAAAGGCUUUGUUGGAGUAUUGGAAAACCGUAUCAACUGAUGACUCUGGAACUAUCAUCGGGGGGCAAUUGCUUAAAGAACAUCUCACUUCGUCCCCACCUGAUAUGUCACCAUUUUUCUUACGCCUGUAUGUAAAAGGUCAUGCGAACGACGUUUUCGAACCUUAUCCUCAGUUAUUGACUGAAAUGGCUUUAAGACUACCAUAUCAAGUUCAUAAGUAUGCUGAUAGUAAUACCGUUCAGCCAGCAUUUGAUCAGCAAGCUUGGUACUUUUAUCUUUGUGAAUAUAUGAUGUUUUAUCAAACACCAUUCGUCCGCCGUCAAGUCCGAAAACUACUGCUAUUCAUAUGUGGCAAUAAAGAAAAAUAUAUGCAGCUUCGUGAUCUUCACGCACUUGUUUCUCACGUGAAAGCAGUUCAGCAGUGUUGUAACAAUGGAGGCUAUAACGCACUUGAGCCGUUGCCGCAUUCAAUAAAUCUACCAUAUGACUCUUUAGUAGAGCUGAUUGAACAUUUGAAGUGUUGCGUUGAGAUAGCUACUAGUCGCACGGGUAACUGGCAACGAUUUUGCCUCAAGCACAAUACGGUGUUGUCAUACUUGUUCACGAUAUCAACUUUACUUGACGAAGGAGUCAGUCCAACAGUUUUACAGCUUCUCCAAUGUGCCAUAUGCUCAUCAUCAAAAUCAAAAGAUAUAAAGGGAAAAGAACUGAAAUCAGCUAUCAACUCUAAAGAGAGGCGCGAUCGCGAAAAAUCUGAGGACUCUGACACCGAAGCUAAAUUCGAAGAAACUCAAUGCAUAAAUUUGAUUGAACAGAUUCAGAAACAAGUUUCACCGACUCUCAUCACCAAGUUUAUUCAAACGUUCCUUCUAGAAACAAACAACACAAAUAUUCGUUGGCAAGCUCACUCGCUGGUUCUAGCAAUUUACAAAAAUUCUAGUCCAUCUGACCAAGAAGUUCUGCUUGACCAUAUGUGGCGUCUUUGGCCACGUCUACCUAUGUACGGACGUAAAGCAGCACAGUUCGUUGAUCUUAUUGGCUACUUUUCACUUCGAACUCCUCAGGCAGGCAAGAAAAUGUAUACUUACAUGGAGCAAGCAGUCGUUGUCCUACAUACUCAAAAUCAAUUGCUCUCGCGUCAUCCUAAUGCAAAUUUGUACGCCAAUCUUGCUCAGUUUGUAGAGCUUGACGGUUACUAUUUGGAAAGCGAGCCUUGCCUCGUUUGCAAUAACCCUGAAGUGCCAAUGACGACUAUUAAGCUAUCCUCUAUCAAAGUUGAUUCAAAAUUCACAACGACUACGCAGUUCAUCAAACUGGUUGGCAGUCAUACUAUUAGUCGCAUAACUUUGCGCAUUGGUGAUCUAAAACGAACAAAAAUGGUCCGCACAAUUAAUGUUUUCUACAAUAACCGUACGGUUCAAGCAGUAGUUGAGCUAAAGAACAAAUCAACUAUAUGGCACAAAGCUAAAAAAGUGAACCUCGUGCAAGGCCAAACUGAAGUUAAAAUGGAAUUCCCUCUGCCGAUAGUUGCGUGCAAUUUGAUGAUCGAAUACGCAGACUUCUACGAGAAUAUUCAAGCGUCAUCUGAAACGCUUCAAUGUCCACGUUGCUCAGCUAGUGUACCAGCUAACCCAGGCGUGUGUGCAAACUGUGGUGAAAACGUAUUCCAGUGUCACAAGUGUCGAGCUAUCAACUACGACGAAAAAGAUCCAUUCCUUUGCCAUGCCUGUGGUUUCUGCAAAUAUGCUAAAUUUGACUACACAUUAACUGGUCGACCUUGCUGUGCAGUAGAUCCUAUUGAAAAUGAUGAGGAUCGAAAGAAGACCGUUUCUACAAUUAACACACUUUUAGAAAAAGCCGAUAGGGUGUACAAAACUCUGAUUGCUAAUAAACCAACUCUAGAAAUGUUACUUGUUAAAAUAUCUGAACAUCGAUUGGACAGAUCUCUCGAUGAUGGCGUGGUAGCCCAAGCCAGUUCUGGUGGAAACACACAGGUUAAUCGGGCCAUACAAUUACUUGCGCAAAAGCAUUGCGGUGAGUGCAAAACGUCAUUCGAAGAGCUUAGCAAGAUUAUUCAGCGUGUGUUAGCCUGCAGACGCGAACUUGUUGCAUACGACCGGAACCAACGAGGCCAAAAUGUUUACCAACUGCAACGAACUGCCAGUGAUAAUGAGAAAGAUACAAAUGUAAGAGCACAACCAGCUAAUGGUAGAUGUUACGGAUGCGCAUCUUCCGCGACGGAGCAUUGCUUGACUUUACUUAGAGCUCUUGCGACUAAUAGCGUUGCCAGAGAAGUUUUAUGUAAGCAGGGACUGAUCCAAGAAUUGGUGGAGUAUAAUUUGAGAAGAGGAACUAUUUCGGUCCAAGAAGAAGUUAGACAAUUGUUGUGUCUAGUCACUCGUGAUAAUGCUCAAUCAACCAAGGAAUUAUGUUCAAUGUUGACGAACAGAGUAACGAUGAAUCUUAAAGGUAGAGUAGUGACAGCUGACUUAUCAACGGCUGUGAGGCACGAGAUGUCCUUGUUAGGUGCAUUAAUUCAAAAAGAUGAUUCGUGCUGGGAGCAAAAACUCCGAAGUGUCAUGCAACUGUUUCUAAUGGCAUGCAAAGAUUCAAAAAGUCCUGUGGUAAUGGAAAGUGUUAUUUUACCGUGUUUAAAAAUUCUGCAGAGUCUUUUAAAACCAGAUCAACCAAUAUCAAAAAAGAACAAGGAUAAAACAAUUGAUACACUUGCAAGUGUUCAGCCACCUGAUGGAGUUAGCAUUAAUUUAGAAAAAUGGUUGAGCGGCGAUCCAAAAUAUUCGUAUGCUGAAUGGUUACAGCGUAUGCCAGGCAAAAAAUCAGAGUCACAUCAAAACAAACCGUUGAAGAAAGAUGAAGCUCGAAUGCUUUAUCUAAGUGAAAAGUACGCUCAUCGCUGGUAUUAUCGUUGCUUGCGACAACGAGGCGUGCAACCACUUAAAUUGGCCAAUGGCUCGUGGCUCAAGGAAGUGAUCUUCAAUCCAAGCUCGCGUUUGGCUCGCCAAGUAGUUUGUAAUAUGGUGGAAAACUUGUGCCAAGGCACAGAUCGUAAAAAAGAAGUACUACUUUUGCUGACUGGGUACUUGGACGAACUGUGUGUAGCUGGCGAGAGCAGUGCAGAGUACCUGUCCUUGUACCAGAGUCUCAUACGAACUGCACCUUGGAAACAAUUCUUGGCGGUCAGAGGAGUGUUGAAUAUACUAGCUGAUCUACUCACGAAAGAGAUCGAAGAGCUUCAUAGACUAGAAGAAACUACAUUGACUAGUGAUUUGGCUCAGGGGUAUUCAUUGAAAAUGUUAACGGAAUUACUAUCUACUUUCUUGGAGCAGGAAACUAUCAAGCAGCAGUAUAAGGGCAGAUUAGUUGGCGCAGUUCUAAAUGGAUAUCUAUCGCUCAGAAGACUCGUUGUUCAAAGGACAAGAUUGAUUGAUGAGACGCAGGAGAAACUAUUGGAAUUGCUCGAAGAAAUGACUUCUGGCACUGAGGAAGAGACUAAAGCCUUUAUGGCAAUCUGCGUGGAAACCGUGCAAAAGUGCAGUCCUGAGGACAUACGCACUCCUGUGUUCAUAUUUGAGAGACUGUGUUCGAUUAUUUAUCCGGAAGAGAACGAUGUUGGUGAAUUUUUCUUAACCCUAGAGAAAGAUCCACAGCAGGAAGACUUUUUACAAGGACGAAUGUUAGGCAAUCCUUACAGCAGUUUGGAACCUGGUUUAGGACCAUUGAUGCGCGACGUCAAAAACAAAAUUUGCCAAGAUUGCGAACUAGUCGCUUUGCUUGAAGACGAUAACGGAAUGGAGUUACUCGUUAAUAAUAAAAUUAUCAGUUUGGAUUUGCCAGUGAAAGAUGUUUACAAGAAGGUCUGGGUAGCUGAAGGUGGCGAGUGCGACGCAAUGCGAGUCGUGUACAGGAUGCGAGGUUUGCUUGGCGAUGCGACUGAAGAAUUUAUCGAAACUCUCAACGCCAAUAGUGAGCAAGAAGUCAAUAACGAGGAAGUUUACAAAAUGGCCAAUGUCUUAGCAGACUGUGGUGGAUUGCAAGUAAUGAUCGACCGUUUGUCGGCCAUACAAGAUGUGAAUAGAGCCAAACCUCUGGUGCAAGUCUUGCUUAAGCUCUUCAGAAUUUCGGUUAAAGUAAAAAAGAAUCAAGAAGUUCUCAGCCAACCGGAGCUUGGAGCUGUUACUGUUUUGCUCGACGUGCUACAAAGAUGUCUUGCUUCACCUGAUAUUGAGAAUUCGCAAUCGAAAGUUACCGAGCAAUUGCUUGAUAUCAUGGAAACCAUCUUGGCGAAUGCAGCUUCACAACGGUUAGAGCAAUUCGAAGAGUUUUCACGUACACUUGGCAGCCCAGAACAUGUAAAAGCUUUGCUCACCUGUACACAGUCGCAAGCUGUAAGACAGAGUGCAAAUGUGCUACAACAUCUGGCUAGAGUUUUGGCAGCACUCACAUAUGGAAAUACAGAGAAGAUGGAAUUAUUAUGUGAAUAUUUCAAACCCGUACUCAACUUUUAUAAAUUUGAUUUUGAGCACACUCCCGAAGACGAUCAGAAGCUUGAGCUUUUCUGCGUGCUUACUCAGGGCAUUGAAAGAAACGCGAUUGGAAACACUUUGAAAGAUUAUAUUAUGAAAAUGGGUGUUGUUAAGGAUGCAUUUGAAUAUAUCACGGCACACGCACCUUGCGUUAAACCGACUCUUCUUCGAACAGAUAGCGACGAACUCAAAGAAUUCAUCUCUAAACCGGCUCUCAAAUAUAUCUUACGAUUACUUACGGGUCUUGCUACACACCACGAACCAACACAGAAUGCUGUGUGUCAAUUUACGAUAAGCAUUAUUCACCGAUUGGAACAAGUAUCGUCAAACGAACAUGUAGGUUCGCUAGCAGAAAAUCUGUUAGAAGCAUUGUGCACCAAUAAGAAGACAGCCGAGUUAAUUGAAGAAGCGCGUCAACAUACGCGUAGCGAGAAAAAAAGAUUGGCUAUGGCAAUGCGAAAACGACAGCUUGGUGCACUUGGUAUGCGCACCAACGACAAAGGUCAAGUCACUGCCAGUAGUUCGGUACUGCAGCAAAUGGAAGAUCUAGGUGAUGAAACUGGAUUGGUGUGUGUGAUUUGUCGAGAAGGCUAUAAGUUUAAGCCAAACAUGGUUCUUGGCAUUUAUACAUUCACGAAGCGCUGUAACGUAGAAGAAUUUGAGACGAAUCAGCGUAAAACAGUUGGUUACACGACGGUUUCCCACUUCAAUGUUGUUCACGUAGAUUGUCACAUGUCUGCCGUACGAUUAGCUCGUGCUCGAGAUGAAUGGGAAAGUGCUGCUUUGCAAAACGCGAAUACAAAAUGCAACGGAUUGCUACCACUGUGGGGACCACAAGUACCUGAAUCCGCAUUUGCUAGCUGUCUUGCCAGGCACAAUACCUACUUGCAAGAAUGCACCGGUCAUCGGGAUAUUUCAUACUCAUCGACAAUUCACGAUCUCAAGUUGUUGCUACUGCGUUUCGCUCAAGAAAAAAGUUUCCACGAUGAUACAGGUGGUGGUGGGCCACAGUCUAAUCUACACAUUGUACCUUACCUUAUUCAUAUGGCUCUUUAUGUCAUUAAUACAACGAGAUCGGCAUCGAGAGAAGAGAAAGCACUGCUCACAUACAUAGAAUCGCCGCCAUCGUCCGCUUGGUUAGAUAGUAGUUAUGAGGCUGAAGGACCGCUUUACCAGUGUGUUUUAUCAAUGUUGAUUUUGACGCCAACACGUUGGAAUUUAACGAAACUGACACACCUUCGAAGACUGAUAAUCUUGGCGCAUCAACGAUACGUUUCGCCGUCGGUCCCUUCCAAAACUUUAGUCGACACUACUGUCAAAGAUUAUUCAGUUUACAAGAGUGUGCUGGUGUUCUUCGGACUCGUCGACAGCAUCUAUGCACAUUUCUUCAAGAAAAUUAAUGUUCUGAGCGAGGACCAAUGGUCUAUCGUUUUGGCUGAGUAUAUAAGACACAAUGACGAAGCACUCUUAAAAGCUUCAGAAAAACUUCUCGUGACUUAUCGGGAUGAGUUGCUGCCUUGUGCAAGUUUUGACGAGUUUUGUGACGUCACAGGACUUCUUGAAGAUAUUUUUAUUCCAUCAACAUUUAUAACUGAAUUAUUGCAAAGUAUCGUCUAGCCAAAUGCUUGGAUUUUUUCAUUUUAUGCGUUAAAAAAAUAAAAACUAAUAAGCAUGUCAUUUGAUUAUAGAGAUUUUCUUUUAUGAUUUGCAUCAAAAUGUUUUGUGAUAAAUUGCGUCAUUGUACAAACUGCUGUAUUGCGAUUUGUUAUUUUUAUUAAAAAUAUAUAGGUUUGAAUUAAUCAAUGUUGUCAUACACUUAAAUUCAAUAAUAUAUUAGCGUUAAUUCAUGUUUUUGAAGAAUAACACAGCCUUUAGAGAGGAAGAACAGAUACUCAAAAAGGGACAGAAUUAGAGAUCCGAAAACUCGUACCUGGCCCAAGACUAGCAGCAAAACUUUUACGAAUUUCUUUUUUACAUUUAAUGUUCGCUAAAGUAUAUACUAUAAAUAAAAAUGACGUAAAUCCAGUCAAUGAUAUUUACAAUUGAUUUGUCUAGUUUGAAUAAAUAUAUAUAAAUUUUUAUUAAUUAUAUGGUAGUUCCAUGUAAAUUGAUAACAUUGAGAUUACUCUCGUCAACCUUAUCGAGAAUACCAAUUUAUGUCCCAUUCACGUCAAGCUAACAUCCUUUUCUUUUUCCACAAUCGAUCUUUGUUUAACCCAUACGAUUAUCAAACUUUGGUGAAUCUACUAUUAUAAAACCUAUUUAUUUGUCUAAAUUUCAUAUUUUACAAAUAUUAAUUCAUGCAAAAUAAAAUUGUCCUGUGUAAUAGAAAUAUAUGGUCUUUAGUUUUGAUGAGACACUCUUCUAAGAUUGUCUUUUCCAAAUACUAUCUUCAUCCUCUGAUCAGCCUUAACAAUAUAAUAUAAAAUUUGCGUCCGAAAUCUAAGGGAUAAAUUUGAAAAUUGCUUCAAAUAAA